AUCGAUCCUCCAAUCCAUACAGAGUAUUUACGCUCAGGGGGUGCAAUGAUCUUGAUUUUCAUGGUGGGUGGGGCCAGAGCAGUUAUUUCCUUCUGCAUUCUGUCGGCGAUUCCUGGGAACAUGGUGGAGCCACCAGACAACACUGUGUUGGCGUACAGAUCCUUACGGAUGUCCACAUCGCACUUCAUGAUCGAGUUGUAUGUUGUCUCGUGGAUGCCUGCAGAUUCCAUUCCAAGGAAGGAAGGCUGGAACAUGGCUUCUGGUGCACGGAAUCUUUCGUUACCGAUGGUGAUGACCUGUCCAUCAGGAAGCUCGUAG